GCAAGUGCAAUUACUCAUCCUGCUGAUCGUUGCCUCGAAGAAAGGCACCGUACUAGUGAACGCAAGGAAGAUGAGCCACCUGCAUUCCAAACUGAACGAAAAUAUUCUCUACUUCAACAAGUGUCAUCCGUCCAAUGUAUGGCACCACAAAAGAAACAACACACAUCAUGCAUACAUAAAACAACCGCUCUUUCAUAUACAUCAGAGAAAAAUUAAUUACUUGAAAAAUGGAAAUAGCAUAUAUUCCAAAUAUUACAAUAACGAGCCUGUUUACAACACAUACAAUCCAAUUUUAAAUUAUGAAGUACUCGAUUUGGUGAAGGUUUUCGGAAGGUUAGCUGAGCAUGGAAAGUAUGAGUCCCUCAACAUUGCCGUUGACGUGGGAAUAAACAAAGAAGAAACGAUGAAUAACUCAGAUGGGAAACCUGGUCAGACAAAAAGAAAUAAUUCCUGGAAACAUAAAAUUUUAUCCAUUUUUAAAUUUAAAAAUUUACAAGAAAAUUACAAAAGGGCAUACUGGUAUAGGCAUUUUUUACAACAAGGGAAAAUGAAUUUUUCAGAUUUUAAAAAAUAUUUAUUAUUACUAAAAUUUAAGUGGCCAAAAGAUUCUCUUUUCCCAACGUAUAAUAUUUUUCUGUUCGAAAGAGGGUUAAGUAAAAAUAUGGACUCCCCAUUGAUACGAAAUAAAGUGGAAAAUUAUAUACAGCGGCAAGAAAUUAACGAAAAUUUGCUGAAAGCUUGUUUUUUUUGCUUUUCGGAAGGAAAGGAAUACAUAACUGCGCAGGAUAUAUUAAAUACCUUUAUUGGGUGGAAAAGGAAAGGGGAUAAACAUGAGAGGAAAGAGAGGGAUACCAAUUUAUUUUCCUUUUUUAAGAAAGCCAAACCAGAGGAGGAUUCCAUCGAUUGGUUCACUUUCAAAAAUAAAAUCGAUGCAUGCACGAUUAGGAUGCACGAGGGGAAGAAGUG